UUGUUUCCGUACGUCACUUGGCGUUGCAAAUCCAGAAGCAGCACAAGGUUGCUCGACACAUUUCGCCAUCUCUCCGAGUGUUUCUCUGUAUUUCUGGAGUGACUAGCCGGACUGCGUUUAGUUUCCGAGUUGACAGCAGCGUCAUGGCGUCUGGAGGCCCCGUGUUGAAUGGCGACAUCUCUUGCUCUCCCGUACAGUCGGGUGCGGUGGAAGAAACCCUGCAGCAGAUGAACAUCCUCAUCCAGGAGAACCGAGACCUGAAAGAGGCCCUGCGUCAGACCAACCUGUCGAUGAAGGAGCGUUUCGAGGGUCUGUCCGUGUGGCGGGUGAAGCAGCGGGAGGAGCGGGACUUCCUGGAGAGCAGGCUGGAGGAGGCUCGGGGCCACAUGGAGUCGCUGACCCUCCAAAACCAGGAGCUGGGCAAGAGGGUGGAGGGGGACGGGAGGACAGGGGGAGCUCUGGGAAGCUUGCUGGCGGUGUCGUCCAAUCAGAGUGCAGAGGUGGAUACCCUGCGUGCCCACGUCGCUCGCCUGCAGGCAGAGAAGAACGACCUGGUGGCCAUGAACUCCGAGCUGCAGCUGAAGGUGGACCAGGACUCACACGACGACUCCUUCAUUGAGAUCAUCAGGGUCUCGGAUGAAGUCAUAGACAGCGUGAACGGAGUGUGUGGUUCGGAGCGCAGCCGACGUCCGGACCUGAGCAUGACGGCGUCCCGGCUGGAAAGCGAGGAGAUGACCGUCAGCCAGCUCCUCCAGUCACUGAGGAACGAGACACAGCGGGCCGAGCGGCUGCAGGGCGAGCUUCAGUCCUCUGCCGCCAGGAUUAGACAGCUGAAGGAGAGGAAGGCGGAUGUGGAGAAAUCAACACAGACUCCCCAGGCAGAGGCCAAGGAGGAUUCGGGGAAAGAGGAAAAGGCGGCGUCCGAGGUGGAGAAUCUGAAGUCUCAGACGAUGACGCUGUUCAAGGAGCUGCAGCAUGCCCAGAGCAAGCUGGACGAAGCAGAAGGCAUGAAGAAGAACCUGCAGGACAGAUGUCGGGAGGUGGAGCAGGACGUGGUCACUCUGAAGGCUCAGCUGGUGGAGAAGCAGGCCGUUCAGUCGGAGAACGACCGGCUGAAGCUGCAGGUGGACAGCAUGCAGGCUCAGAGCCAGAUGGAGCAGAGGAAGGCCGCGGAUGAGAGGUCAGAGACAACACAGAUAUAU